GUAGUUUUGUUUUCAGGUUCAGCUUCUUCCUCCUUUUCCGUUCUUAACUUCCUCAAUCUGUUCUCCCGUUCUCUGGGCGGAAGAAACAGAACAAGUGUGAGUUGAGAGACAACAGGAAGCUCAUUCUUGAACAGACCAGCAGUGCUGUGAAGCAGUGGAGCAGUUCCUUGUCUGGACGACGUAGUGAUACCCCUGUCCUGGGGUGAGAUUCCCACAGAAAUGGUCCUGGCACUCCCACACCUACACCAUGAGGCAGCCUCCACAGCGCAGCACUCCCAAGAUCACGAGCUACAGAAGCAGUACCUGGACUUGCUGCAGAUGAAGGAGGAAUUAGAGGAAAGCUGUAAGAAGAAAGACGAGCUUCUUCGUGAUGCACAAAGAGCCUUAGCAGAGGAGCGGGACAAAAGAGAGACGGCAGAGAGGGAAAAGCAGCUUCUUGAGGAAAGAUGUACACGGUUGCGGCGACAGUUAAAUCUUCUAGAAAUAUAUUGCAAGGAAUCCAUGAUCCAGAUGAAAGAGGAGCUGAGACGGAGAGAAAAGCAUGAGAAAGAGCAGGAUGAGAGGAUUCGGAGGCUUGAGGCCAAAAUGGAAGAUUUGACUGAAAAAAAGCAAAACACUGAAAAUUACGGCACUUCAAAGACAACGGCAAAUGAUAAAAAAGAAAAUACUUUGGAGCCUUCAUGGUGGUCUAAAAUUUGUGAGCUGAUACAAGAGCUGCAUUUACUAAUUGCCAAGUUUUUCUCUUGUGGAUAAUUUCAGACUGGUUUCUCCUUGAAGCCUUGGAUUUCCUGAAUCCCCGAAAAUGGGUAGGGUAGCCCUCCUUUACACUCGCUUUGCAACUGCAGCAUGAUUUUGAAAAUUUAAAUUACCCAUUUAAUCUGUCUCUGGCACCUGGUGAUGCCUUGCUACCAAGGACUAGUUUAUCUUUAUCAUUGUAAUCUUAGCUCCUAUUUCCAUGUCCAGUACUUGAUCAAUAACUGGAUAAUGUUGAAUAAAGUUUUCCACUUUCUAUAUCCUCAUUA